AGGGCGUGUCCCUACGGGAGUUGGUGGCAGAGGGGGUCUGUGCUGCACUGAGAGGAGAAACAGCCGCUAACAGAAACAUGUCCGCGGUGCCUGACGGAAAGAAACUCGUCCGGAGCCCCAGCGGCCUUCGCAUGGUGCCUGAAAAUGGCGCCUUUAACAGCCCCUUCUCCCUGGACGAGCCGCAGUGGGUCCCGGAUAAAGAGUGCCCGAGAUGUAUGCAGUGUGACACCAAGUUUGACUUCAUCAGGAGAAAGCAUCACUGUCGGCGGUGCGGCCGGUGUUUCUGCGAUAAAUGCUGCAGUAAGAAGGUGGCGCUGCCCCGCAUGUGUUUUGUGGAUCCGGUGCGGCAGUGCGCAGAGUGCAGCCUGGCCUCCCAGAAGGAGAUGGAGUUCUACGAAAAGCAGCUCAAAGUGCUUCUGGGAGGUGGCACCUUCGUCGUCACUUUGGGAACGUCGGAGAAGUCUGAAACCAUGACGUGUCGCCUCUCCAACAACCACAGGUAUCUGUUCCUCGACGGUGAAAGUCACUUUGAGGUGGAGCUGUCUCGGAUCUCCAGCAUGCAGAUUUUGACGGACGGGUCGAGUCCAGGAGAGAAUGACAUUCACACUUACACCAGUCUGCUGGACAGUCAGUAUAUCUCUGAAGGAGGGACGUCACGGGCCAGCGGCAUGCUGCUCCACUACAAGCCAAUGGGCUCUCAGGACGCCCAGCAGCUCCGUAUGGAGGCAGCAGACGACAAGAAGGUGGCCUCGUUAUGGUUGGCUGCGAUGCACAAGGCGGCCAAGUUGCUGUAUGAAGCUCGGGACCAGUGACCUGCAGGCAGCCUGUCCGACCCUCCAGGAAGCACACACCCAAGUGUUUUUGUACCCGGUCUCACCGGGGUUUGGUAUCGUUUGGAUUUUUAUUAACACCAGUUCUGAUUCUGCUUAUCCGUCUGAUUCCUCAUCGGUUCUUGAUACCAGUUCUUAUCAUGGUGAUUUCUGCGAGAAAUGUUUAUAUGAGAAGAAAACACUUUAUUACCUCUAUAACCAGUACUUUGUACGUCAUGUUUACCACAGAUAGGCUGAUUAUUCGUCUUUUUGGCAUUUUACAUCUCAGAGUUCUAUAAUCCUGUUUGUUUUAAUACAUAAAUCAGGGCAUGCAGCAUUAAUGUCUAAAUGUGGGACAAACUGAGACAGCAAGAGAAGAAGCUGUCCAACACGAGGUAGAAUCCGUUGAUGUUUGGGAAGUUUCUGCUUUUAAUUCCUGUUAACUUUCUCAGAUUUGAGAGUUUUGAUCCUUUGAUACUUACAGUUGAACUUUGACAUUAUAACAGCAAUGAAAUGUGACAUUAGACCUUUCAUAAACCUUUUUUCAUAACGUCAGAGAUGCAGUAAAUCUUCAGAUAGAGGCACAGUUAUUUCAAUAAUUUUAUAUGCUGCAGUUAAAUGUCUUCUUUGUGUGUGUGCGUGUGUGUGUGUCAAUUGGGAUUUUAUUUCCUUGAAGGAGUGAUGAGACACUUAACAGAUCCCUGUAGGGAUGGGUUUUUUAAUUUUUUAAUUUAGCUGACCCUCCUUCUACAGAGGUCAGCUCAACAGCACCAAGUAGGGACUGUAUGUCUGUGCUCGAGGGACCUUCAGCAGGAUGGGUGCUCGACGUUUGAACCAGUUUGAUCUUCCAGAUAAAGCUUUGUCUCGCACACAUUAAAGGACAAAUCCACCUGUAAAACCCUUUAACGUAGACAGAAAAGCAGCUACACGUGAUGUGCUUUGCAUUGUGGAGGCACUCUGGGAAAUGUAGGAUUCCAGCAGAGGCUAGAAGAGGACAGAAGAGUUGGUGAAAUGCAAAGAGCAUCACAAAUUUAUCCAGAAUGUAAACAAAAUCUGUUGGAUUUUUCCUUUAACACACCUGCGUCCAUUACAGUUUCAGAGUAAAUGAAAGUUCAGGUUUCUGUUUCUUCUCUGUAGAUUAACACGUCAAUAACUCUCCUCUCUGCUACGAUUAUUUACAGGUUUUAAUCUUCAGACCCAUGUGUCUGAGGAAACUACAGACUAUUCACUGAUUCUAGUGAAGCAUAAACACACAGACAUAAAUAAAUGCUUUAAAUGUAGUUUCAUGGAUUAAAGUUUUGUAUGAGCUAUUUUGUUAACUAUUCCUACUUUAACACAAAGUGUGUUCGAUGUACUUGCAUCACUUCUAAAGCGGAAGGAUAGUUUUUUUCUAACACUUGUAAACAGUAAUUGCUUUUGUCCUACUCUGUCAGGUUUUCCUUUUUUAAAAAAAAAAUUUUGUUAUUAUUGUCCAGGAUGUGAAACCUUCAGUCAGCCAGUUGCUGUUCAGUGCUGGUUGAGUUGGUGAGUUUGUCAGUUCGUGGUUAGUUGUACUUCCAAGGACCUAUUCUAAAGAGAAAUGUAGUUUUGACUCAGACGGUGAAACUGUUAGCCAGUGCAAGAAAAAAUGUAACCUCGCUCUGCAGCCAGAUAUACUGUACAUGCCCUGAGCUCAAAGUUAGAUCAUAGCUUCUGUCAAAAACGAAAAUACAGACUGGACCUUUAAGUGGACUUUAGUUUUAAUUUCCAUGAUGAAAGUUUUUGCUGCCAUGUGACACACAUGUGACAUUACCUUUGAAGGUUUAAGCCCUGAUGUUGUGACAGUGUCUGCAAAUCUCCAAUUUUCCUCCAAGCUCCGGCUAAAAGUUUUGAAAAUUUUCAGUUGGAUGAAAAUUUUAGGGAUUUUGUAGCACUGUGGGGUAAAGAUGUGUAUUUUUAACUCAUUUAAAAUCUUGAACAUACACUUAAGCUUAAGCAUGAGGCUUUUUUGUGAAUUUAAGUGUGAAUUUAAAGUGAGCUUUGGUGUUUUUCAGCCUUCUUGUGUCUGAGUGAAUAUUGGAGACGAGAACUUUUAUAAUUAUUUCAGUAUUGAGAGACCCGCAGGGGGGAAACUAGCUGCAGUGUGAUAUCUACAAACAGUUGUGCCACAUCAGUUUACGUCGACUUAAAAUGCUUGUUUUUGUUGCUGAGAGGCUCCAAUUGUUGUGACAACUUAAGGCUAGUUCACAUUACACAAUUUUCACCCUGAUUUUGCGUCGCAGAGACUAUCGUAAUCUUUUGAGUGUUCCUACCUGGCGACGUGUGUUUCUGUCAGCGGGAGUCUCGCCAACUGCGUUACGACCUGUGUGUGCACACCACAAGAUUUCUCCACCGAGCCCUCACCGACAGAGCCCCAGAUAACGCAGUGACGUCACCAAAUUUGGAGACGACACAUAGUAAAGACAUGGAUAUUCUUCCCAGUGUUGAAUCAGAUCUGCCUCCAGGGCCUGGGUCCAAACACAAUGCGCUCCCUGUGAUCCUGUGGACGCCGCCAUUGUUGUUGUUGCUUGCCGGCUUGUCAGUGUUGCCAGAUCUUGGGAGAGAAACAAGCAACCAGGACUAUGGAAACAAGCCCAAAAGAAGCGACAGAUAUAUGGAGAAAGGCGACAUUUAGAGAGCAAGCCCAAAUAAGCAACUCCACUUCAGAAACAAGCCCAAAGUCACAGCUAAUAAGCGGACCUGGCAACCCUGCGGCUUGUCCUCCUCACAUUUCUUCUGUCCUCCUGUGUGCUGACAUGGGACGUAUCCCGCCUCUCAUUGGCUGAUGCUCUUUGUCAGUCGUGUCAUACUUGUCCAGUUUUCUAGCAUGCCAGAUAUCCAGUCCCAGUCACAGACGAGGGGAGAACUUGCUCAUAGGCUUGAUCACACAUGAGGACUCGUCGUGGCAGACUAUCUGCCGACUUACCUCCGACCCAAGGUGGCUCUCAAGAUCCUCUGCAACGUCACAAUCGCAGUGAAAAUCGUGUAAUGUGAACUAGGCUUUACAGAAAGAACCACAUCUCGCUUAGGGAGAAGUCUCAUUCUGACAUCUUGCAGACUUUUCCCACUAUGUCGAAAUGGGCUAAAUAUUCAGCCAUGAAGUUAUAGAUAUUUUAGAUGACACUAAGCUACACUUUCUGUUCUCUUCCACAACACAUUCUUCCCUGCACUCCUCCCUCCAACUCUCACUAACAUUUCCACCGUUGUUUUUUCCACAAGUCGGCUCUCGAUUUCAGAACCAGACUUCUCCUUGAGCGAGACUUAGUUACACACAAUGACAAACAAUAUCAAGGAAAACGUUUCAUUUCUCUGCUGGGAUCCUUUCCAUAAUGUUGCCGGACACAAUCUGAGCAUAUCAAUGGCAAAAUCAAGCACUUGUAGUGGAUGUACAUCAACAGUGAACAAAUGCCCCAAGCAGUUACGUUGUAGUUUGUUUUACUGCUGCUGGCUGCAGCGCUCUCUCUCAACACUCCACCAAUUUCAAAUGGUGACGUGUCCAUAGGUCACACAAGCCCCGUUUCCACCAAACACUUUCAGUCUGGUACCUUUGGAACCAACAGUAACCCUUCAGACAUUGUACCUAGACCCUUGGUCCAUUUAGCGUUUUCACCGUAAACAAUCCUCUUAAAUGUGGGCGGGGCUGUUGUCACUUCCUCAUUAUCGGUGACACAGAUGGAAGUCUGCACCUGGUUUAUCGUCCACAGAACGAGGCUGCACGCCGACAUUUUCAGAACAAAAUAGAACAGGCUGCAGUGAGAGUCUCUCUCCAUGGGAUAUUUAAAAAUAGCAGCUUUGUGCAUUUAGUCCUUCUCAGGCAAGCUCAGGGGUUUUGUGUUGCUGUAGCCCACAGGAAUGACUCUCCGUGAUGCUUUUUUAUAAAAAUUAAUAUGUAUUUUUAAACAUUUGAAGAUCCACUCGUUACUAAAAGUGUGUGUCAUCCAAGAGAGACUAUAAAGCUGGGUGAUGGUAAAAGUUGUCACAUUGAAAUUUAAGGUGUGCUGAUGGAUUGCGUCAUCACCUCAUACAUUAAAUAAGUUAACGUUCCACCUUAAAAGUCGCCGGCAGUCGGCCCAGUGAAUGAAAUUAUUUUUUUCUCAGACUCCAGCUGCUGUGAGAGGCAGCAAAACAUCCUUUCAUUUUAUAGUUACAGUUUACUAAUAAAACUCUCCACAGUAUGAACAGUGGUUACAUGAGCCUCAAAACCAGACACAACUCAGCCCUGAGCAGAGUGACCGUCCUCUACUGACCAGUCUUUUAGUACCAGAUCUGUGUGCUAGGUACCCCAACAGAGGGGGGACCAAACAUGGGGACGGUACUGAACAGUUCCAUUGGUACCAUCCACGGAAAAUAGUGUGCCGAACUGAACUGAAGGAGAAAAUGUGGUUCAGGCUGAAAAAUACCAAAGUUUCCUUUUAAAAUUACAAGAACUUCAAACAAAGUGUUGUGACACAAAAAUCUUAACUCUUACCGACUUUUUCAGGCUGAGCGAGACGGUGAGAUGCAGAUGAAACCUCCAGAAAUGGAUAGAAAGUGGAUUUUGUUUAGACUUUUUUUUGUCAAAACAACCACUGACAAUACAACCUUGAAGGCAGAAUGAGUGGGAUUUGUCAGUUCCGGUUUGUAAACAUUAAAUAUUAUAUUAAAUAUUAUAAAUGCAGUUUCAGUCGUGAACACUAUGUGCUGUAUUUAGCUACGAUUACCAAGUAUCAUCGGCUUUACAAUAGUUUGCUGGCAUCCGUCGUCUUCCCUGUUUUUUUUCAAAGCUGGAAGAAACAACGUAGAAGUGGUUUAAUGGAGCAAAGAAUCGGUUAACUGCUGGGUUUUUUGGCCUUUUUUCCACGUCACACCCAAUGAAACCAACGUCCAGCACCUCUGCUUUCACUUUGUAACAUAAAGUUUAUUUUUAUACGCUGCUCACCUAAGAAUUAAACCCACAAGUUGUCGUUUGGUUUGAGACUUUUUUUUUUUUUUUUUUUUUUUUUAAAAA